AUGGAUUGCGCCCGUGAAUCUUUCGCAUUUGCAACAUAUAAACCAAAAUCAGAAAGGAAAGUUAAAAAGUUUGUUCAUUCGUUAUAUAAUAAUGUUCAAAAAUAUGAUAACUCAGUAUGUGGUAAAUAUAUUGACCCUUCAGAAGUUUUCAAGAAAGCAAAUGAAGAAGUUGAUGUCACUUUUGAUAUGAUUAUUCCGGUAAAUGAUUUGUUAGCAUUUCAGGCGUUCGAUGAUUAUCCUAAAUCAUUUGGUGAAAUCAUUCUUAAAUAUUAUGUUUUCAGGGAUACUUUAGUAUUUUGUCAGGUUGACCCGUUAAGAGUUGCUGAUUUACAAAAUUACGUUUAUGAAAAGAUAACUGAUGAAAAUUAUGAAAAGAUUAUGAAUCAUGUUUAUAAAUAUGAUCGCAAAUUCCAACAAAUCGGACUUCCUGCCAAAUUAAUUACAAGCUUAGCCGCUACAUCUGCUGACGCAACAGUUGAUAACGUUAUUAUUUCAUGCACAAAGAUGGAAGUUUUAGAGGAUAAAUGCAUUACACCAGGAUACGGUUUAAUUGAAGAAUCAGUUAAAGCAAUACCACGUUUAUUCAGUAAGGAAGAUCCAUUCAUGAUUCCAGCUCAACAUAUUGAC